AUGGCGGGGCAAAAGGCACAAUUACGGCUCGCGAGAGAUGCCGAGAAGAUCCGGCUCGAUUUGGAGAGGGGGCUCAGCGAGGAGUUCAGGAGCCUCAGGCGAGAGACGGAGGUGCUCAGGCGGGAGAAGGCGCACAAGGAUUCGGAGAUCAACCGGAUCAUGAGAAAGGCGGCCCAGAUUGAACGCGACCAGCGUACGGCCGGAGUGGAGCUAGCCGACGAGCGUCGCAUGCAUCAAACAACGAUCAGGAGGAGGAAGCGAGCCGAGGCGGUCAUAAACAACCUUCAGGCCCAGCUAACCGUAGCGCUGGCGCCGGCGUCCGGGAGACCUUACCCCCCCUCUAACUCCUGCGCGUCGCCCCACCCUUCCAAGAAGCCGUGGAACAGCCCGCGGCGACCUGCUGCGCAGGGCCGCGGAAAGAACAUUGUACACCAAUGCGACGAAGGGGACGGCCGUGACGGUGCGCACGGAGAGACUUUGCCGGGGGCCGGUCCGGAGAACGGUCCGGGUCCAGGAACCGGUCGAAGCGUCAGCAAAGUGUCGAUGCUGCUGGUGCCACCGCGGACACCGCAAGAGCAGGAGGAGGGCCAGGAGGAAAUAGGAGGGUGGAACAGCGAAAGAGUGGCCACCGGGUUUGUCGCUGCUGCUGCUGCGGCCAACGGCGGUGUCGCACAAGAAGCCGCAGCCAGAGGCAGCGCUAGCAGAGCGGAUCUCGAGCUGCCGGUGGAGAACGGUGGGAAUGGUAAUAGCGAGCGCCCGACGUACAGGAAUGGUGCAAGCGUUGGCGAAAAGAGCGGCCUUGUCACCUCCGGCGGAAGGGCCGUUCGCGGCCACCACGAAUGCGGUAGAACUGAAUCGGGCAGCGGCGGAGUUCGUGUUGGUGGGGGCGGUGGUGGGGGCGGGAAAGGGGAGGAAGGCGAUGAAAUCCCAGAACUCAUAGCCUGCGGCAGCGGCACCGAGAUCAGCAGCGGCGACGUGUGGGGCAUGCUGGACAGCUACGUGCACAGACGAUCGGAGGUGGCCCGAGCGAAGCGGCACUUAGGGGUAAUCGAAGCCAUGCGCAAGCACCUCGAGAAAAGCAACGCGCGCCGAGGCAACCCCACGGGGAGCAAUUGCAACUCGAUCACCGCCCGGGACAACCAAGGCAGAGGGCUGAGGCGCGUGCGGGUGGGCGGCGACGAGACAACCUGCAGCGGACAAGUGGACGAGGCUGUUUGGAAGGCUUCUCGACCAAAACGGAGCUGGCAAGACCGACAGUCCGACGACACCUCCUGUACCAACGGCCGAAGGGCCCGCAACAACAAGGCCGUGUACACAACGCCUAGGAGGCCGAGAGUUCGCUUCAAACCGCGCCCACCUCCUCGGUGCAAGCGAGACGAGUCUGAAACGAGCGUGUCGCAGUAG